AUGCUUAUGCUUUUAUUCCUUCUUCGACGACAUGGAAUUGGGUCACCAAGGCUCCCUUCCAAACGUACCAAUCUCCAACUCCUAUCAGGUAUGCAUUUUACUGUAGUCAGCGAUGGUCAGCUUCACAUUUCAGGCAUUAUCUGCGACGAAUAUGGGCCGAAGAGUAAUGCAAACCAUGGAAACUCGAGCCCUGUCCUCUCGACAGGCGAACAGUCAACGAGCGCAAACAACCAUACACUCGACAUUACAGAUGCUUGCGCAGCCACCUUCAGGGCCAUGAUCCAUCGACAAGCUACAACAUAA